AUGUCAUUUUCCGUGGUAUUCCAGACGACGAAAGAAGACAUUUUCGAAAAAGAAGAGAAGAAAUGUGAGAAGCAAGCCCAAAAACUGAGAUCGACAGGAGGAAUCUAUUUGGAUCCAGAUUUCCCGCCGGAUGACCCAUCGUGUGUUGGAAGAAUUCUGGAUAGAUAUGAUAAGCCAACACUUCAAGAUAUGACGGGUCCAUGGUGUGCACCUCAUACAUUUUCUGAGAGUCUUAACGAUGACUGGUGUGUUUAUAACGAUCCAUGGCCAUUCCACGUGGAACAAGGGAAUCUGGGUGAUUGUGGAUUGAUUGCUGCAAUUCAGUGUAUUGCUAGACGGAAGGAAUUGUUAGAAUUCAUACUACCUGACAGGGAGUAUAUAAAGGAUUGUGGAAUAGUACACGUUAGACUAUUUGUGAACGGGAAAUGGGAAGUGAUCAAGUUCGACUAUCAUAUUCCACAGUACAAUAGAAGACAAGUGUUCGCUCGAACCAAUAACAAUCAGUUAUGGGUGUCAUUCAUCGAAAAAGCAUUUGCUAAAAUCAAAGGAAGUUAUGCGAACCUGAAAGGAAUAAGCUGUACCGAAGCCCUCACGUGCCUAACCGGUUGUCCUUCUACGCUGAUCAUGAUAGACAAGGACAAGGACUUAGAAGAUAUUUGGGAGGACUUUAUUAAAUACUACUCCUCUGGUUUUGUAAUGGCAGCUGCGACACCAUAUAUAGAAGAAGAAUCGGAAGAGAAAAAAGUGUAUGUCGAAUUAAACUUGGAGAAUGGUCAUGCCUACUCAAUUUUGGAUUUCAAACAGCAGGACGAUCAUCGAUUGAUUCUAAUCGGAUCAACCCACGAAACUAGUCCUACGACUACUGAGUUCUUGCCAAUUUAUGAAGACGAAAUCCACAACAAACUGUCUGCUUGUGAUCAGAAAAAAGCUGAAAACAAAUUGUUCUGGUUUCGAAUUGAAGAUUUUAUUCGAUAUUUUUACCGUUUUUACAUUUGUGAAUACAAGGAGCCAAUGUUUGAGAAAUGUUUUCUGCAAAAUGCAAUUAUACCAUGGGAAGCAACUGAAUCAUAUGGAAACCAUGUUUUAUGCCUUGACAUCAAAGAACGUCAGAAGUUUGAAUUCGAAGUUUGUGUUAAACAGAGAGGUACAACAUUCGAAUCUUUGAUUCUGAACAUUCACAAGGGAGCAACAAAAAAUGAUUGUGGAGAAUUGAUUCAUUCUUUCUUAGAAUCAUGCGACCGACUUACGACUGAACCCGUUUUCUUAGACCCCGGAACAUAUACUCUGUUUUCCGUUUACGGCGAACGUUUUAAAGAUUUGUCGUUGGAAUGGAUUGUUAGAAGCCCAACGCCUCUGGAUGGUGUCUCCAUGUAUUUCAACAUGUUGCCAGACUCUGAUUUUGCUGUAAGCCUGCAGACAAUGAUUGCGAAAAAUGGGCUGAAGGAAAAGAAUGAAAAGGAUGAAGUGGUGAUCUACAAUUGGUUCAAAAAUAGAUAUGCUUUAUUUAUGGUGGAGAACUUAUCGGAAACCAAUUAUCUUCAAGUGAGACCGGCUGCAUUGGGCUCAGUUCCACCAAUGUCGCGUCGUUUCGUUGCCAUGUUUUCAGUGCACCCUGCUAAAAAGGAACCUGAACAUUUUGAAAUAAAAUACGAAAUUUUUUCCUGGUACCGGAAUCAUCUGACUCAGCUCCGUUAUAGAUUAGUUUCCUACGUCGACGACCCAGAUGAUGACUGGAUUGGUUUGAAUUGUCCUGUGGCGUUGAAGUGA